UGUAAAACGUAGUAAUUGCUAUCUGGUUUGGGGAGGAGAAUCAUCUGUUAAUUCUCAAAGAUCAAGUCGUGGUAAUGUUGAUCUAGAAAUUGGAUGCCUUGUUGAAUUAGCUACUGGGAUGUUGUCAUUCACAGCCAAUGGAAAAGAAUUGGGAACUUUCUAUCAGGUUGAGCCAAACACGAAACUAUUUCCAGCUGUUUUUUUACAGCCUACAAGCACAAGCCUGGUACAGUUUGAAUUGGGUAAAUUAAAGAACACCAUGCCUUUAUCAGCUGCAAUCUUUAAAAGUGAAGAGAGAAAUCCCAUUCCUCAGUGUCCUCCUCGGCUGGAUGUUCAAACACUCACACCAGUUGUUUGGAGCAGAAUGCCAAACAGCUUCCUGAAAGUAGAGACUGAUCGUGUCAGUGAUCGCCAUGGAUGGCUAGUACAAUGCCUGGAACCAUUGCAAAUGAUGGCCCUUCAUAUUCCGGAAGAAAAUAGGUGUAUCGAUAUUUUGGAAUUAUGUGAACAAGAAGAUUUGAUGAGGUUCCACUAUCAUACUUUAAAACUAUAUAGUUCUGUUUGUGCUCUGGGUAAUAACAGAGUAGCUUAUGCUCUUUGCAGCCAUGUUGAUGUUUCCCAAUUAUUUUACACAAUAGAUAAUCAGUAUUUGCCUGGACUUUUACGUUCUGGAUUUUAUGACUUGUUGAUUAGCAUGCAUUUAGAAUAUUCCAAGGAAGCAAAACUCAUGAUGAACAACGAAUUUAUCAUUCCUAUUACAGAUGAAACCAGGAAAAUCCGAUUAUUUCCAGAUGAAUCAAAGAAACAUGGCUUGCCUGGAGUUGGACUUAGCACAUGCUUGAAACCAAAGUUUAAGUUCUCUACCCCUUGUUUCAUUUUGUCUAAUGAGGAUCAUCAAAAACCUAGUCCAGAGAUACCAGUUGAGAUCCUUAAGAGAAAGGCCAUAAGCAUGUUGACAGAAGCAGUCUACUGCAGUGGAACUCAUAUACGAGACCCUGUUGGAGGGAAAGUUGAAUUCCAGUUUGUUCCUGUUCUGAAACUUAUAGGAACUUUGCUUAGAAUGGGAGUUUUUAAUGAUCAUGAUGUUAAACAGAUUUUGCUUCUCAUUGAUCCAUGUGUGUUUGGUGAGACCAAAGAAGAAGCAAUGGAGCAAGCAGAGAAAGAGGAUGUUACCCAGAUAGAAGAAAAAGCAAUAGAGGCUGGUGAAAAGGCCAUUAAGGAAACCAAGACCCCAACAAAAGGCUUGCUGCAAACAAGAUUGCCAGAGUCGGUUAAACUCCAGAUGUGCGAGCUACUAAAUUAUUUCUGCGACUGUGAGCUGAAACACAGAGUGGAAGCUAUUGUGUCAUUUGCAGAUACCUAUGUCUUAAAGUUACAGUAUAAUCAGAAAUAUAGGUACAAUGAACUGAUGCAAGCCCUGAAUAUGUCUGCUGCUCUGACUGCCAGGAAGACAAAGGAAUUUCGCUCUCCUCCUCAAGAGCAGAUAAAUAUGCUGCUAAAUUUUCAGCUGGGGGACAAUUGUCCUUGUCCAGUGGAGAUUCGGGAAGAGCUAUAUGAGUUUCAUGAUGAGCUCCUAAUUCAUUGUGGUAUUCCAUUAGAUGAAGAAGAAGAAGAGGAAGAAAAGAUUUCAUGGGCUGGAAAACUAUGUUCGUUGAUAUAUAAAAUAAAAGGAACACAAAAAACUGAUAAGAGAGAGCCAACAGAAGAAGAAGAAAAAUAUCCUACUACACUGAAAUCACUGAUAUCUCAAACUAUGGUUCGUUGGGCCCAGGAAGAUCAGAUCCAAGAUCCGGAAUUAGUUCGUAUUAUGUUUAACUUACUUCGAAGGCAGUAUGAUAGCAUUGGUGAGCUGUUGCAAGCUCUGAGGAAAUCCUAUACUAUAAGUGCUGCCUCUGUGCAAGACACAAUCAACUUAUUAGCAGCACUGGGACAAAUUCGUUCACUUCUUAGUGUCAGAAUGGGAAAAGAAGAAGAAUUACUAAUGAUUAAUGGCCUAGGAGAUAUAAUGAACAACAAAGUAUUUUAUCAGCAUCCCAAUCUCAUGAGAGUCCUGGGUAUGCAUGAGACAGUUAUGGAAGUAAUGGUAAAUGUGCUUGGAGGAGACAAAUCACAGAUUGCUUUUCCUAAAAUGGUAGCAAGUUGUUGUCGGUUUCUUUGCUAUUUUUGCCGGAUCAGUCGCCAAAACCAAAAAGCCAUGUUUGAGCAUUUAAGCUACUUACUUGAAAAUAGCAGUGUUGGACUUGCUUCUCCUUCUAUGAGAGGGUCCACUCCACUAGAUGUAGCAGCAGCUUCUGUAAUGGACAAUAAUGAGCUUGCGCUUGCACUGGAGGAGCCAGACCUAGAAAAAGUUGUAACCUACUUGGCAGGCUGUGGUCUUCAGAGCUGCCAAAUGCUUUUAGCAGCAGGAUACCCUGAUAUUGGUUGGAAUCCAAUAGAGGGAGAACGGUAUCUCUCAUUCUUAAGAUUUGCUGUCUUUGUUAAUGGUGAAAGUGUUGAAGAAAAUGCCUGUGUCCUUGUCAAGCUUCUUAUUCGACGGCCAGAAUGUUUUGGCCCGGCUCUCAGAGGAGAAGGAGGGAAUGGUCUACUAGCUGCUAUGCAAGAAGCAAUUAAAAUUUCCGAGAACCUGGCUCUAGAUCUUACUUCUCAGGGUUCUAAGAGAAAAUUUCUAGAAGAUGAGGAAGAAGAAGAGAUAGUCCAUAUGGGCAAUGCAAUAAUGUCUUUCUAUUCAGCUCUUAUUGAUUUGCUUGGCCGUUGUGCACCAGAACUGCAUCUUAUCCAAACUGGGAAAGGUGAAGCUAUUAGAAUACGGUCAAUUUUGCGCUCCCUGGUGCCAACAGAAGAUUUAGUUGGAAUUAUAAGUAUCCCCUUAAAACUACCAGCAAUAAACAAAGAUGGAACAGUCACUGAGCCAAAUAUGUCUGCAACUUUCUGUCCUGACCAUAAGGCACCCAUGGUGCUUUUUCUAGAUCGUGUCUAUGGUAUAAAGGACCAAACGUUUCUUCUUCACCUUCUGGAAGUUGGAUUUUUACCAGAUUUAAGGGCAUGUGCCUCACUGGAUACAAUUUCUCUAAGUACCACAGAAACAGCUCUUGCUCUAAAUAGAUAUAUUUGCACAGCUGUGUUCCCAUUACUCACACGGUGUGCGUCUCUCUUUUUGGGAUCUGAGCAUUACAUCUCUUUGAUUGAUUCCACCCUUCAUACAAUAUAUCGAUUGUCCAAAGGGCGCUCUCUUACAAAAGCACAAAGAGACACAAUUGAAGAAUGCUUGCUUGCUAUCUGCCACCACUUACGGCCUUCGAUGCUACAACAACUUUUACGACGAUUAGUUUUUGAUGUACCUUUACUUAAUGAAUACUGUAAAAUGCCAUUAAAGCUCCUAACAAAUCACUAUGAGCAGUGCUGGAAAUAUUAUUGCUUGUCUUCGGGAUGGGGCAAUUAUGGAAUAGCAGCUGAAGAAGAAUUACAUUUAACUGAAAAACUUUUCUGGGGAAUAUUUGAUUCCCUCUCUCAUAAGAAGUAUGAUCCAGAGCUCUUCCGAAUGGCCUUGCCUUGUUUAAGUGCAAUAGCAGGGGCUCUGCCACCAGAUUAUUUAGACACUCGAAUUACCUCAAUUUUAGAAAAGCAGACUUCAGUGGAUGCUGAAGGAAAUUUUGAUCCCAAACCUAUCAGCACAGUGAAUUUUAUACUUCCUGAAAAGUUGGAGUUUAUUGUCAACAAGUACGCUGAACAUACUCAUGAAAAAUGGGCCUGUGACAAGAGUAAUUGUGGAUGGAAAUAUUCUCCUUUACUUGAUGAAAAUGCAAAGACACAUCCUUUAAUAAGACCUUUCAAAACCUUGACUGAAAAGGAAAAGGAAAUCUAUCGAUGGCCUGCCAGAGAAUCUAUGAAAACCAUGUUAGCAAUGGGAUGGAGUCUAGAAAGGACCAAGGAAGGAGAAACUAUGACACAACAACGCGAAAAUGAAAAGCUCCGCAGCAUAUCACAAUCUAGCCAGGGGAAUAACUACAGCCCAGCACCACUUGACCUUUCAAAUGUUGUACUCUCCAGAGAACUCCAGGGAAUGGUAGAAGUAGUUGCCGAAAACUAUCAUAACAUUUGGGCUAAAAAGAAGAAAAUUGAAUUGGAAAAUAAAGGGGGAGGUAGUCAUCCUUUGUUGGUACCUUAUGACACUUUGACAGCCAAAGAGAAGGCUCGAGAUAGGGAGAAAGCACAAGAACUAUUCAAAUUUCUUCUUGUAAAUGGCAUUGCCAUAUCUAGAGGCUUAAAUGAUAUGGAAUUGGAUGCUUCAUCAAUGGAAAAGAGGUUUGCUUAUAAAUUUCUCAAAAAGAUCCUUAAAUAUAUUGACUCAGCUCAAGAAUUCAUUGCACAUUUAGAAUCCAUUGUUACCAGUGGAAAAACUGAGAAAUCUCCACAUGAUCAAGAAAUCAAAUUCUUUGCCAAAGUUCUGCUACCAUUAGUUGACCAGUAUUUCACCAAUCAUUGCUUGUACUUCCUCUCUUCCCCAACAAAGCCACUCAGUAGUAGUGGAUAUGCUUCAAAUAAAGAAAAGGAAAUGGUAGCAAGCCUUUUCUGCAAACUUGCUGCUCUUGUUAGACAUAGAAUUUCGCUGUUUGGUAGUGAUGCUGCAACAAUGGUUAGCUGCCUACACAUCUUAGCUCAGACUCUAGAUACAAGAACUGUCAUGAAAUCUGGUUCAGAGAUGGUUAAAGCAGGAUUGCAUGCCUUCUUCGAGAAUGCUGCAGAAGAUCUGGAGAAGACAUCAGAAAACCUGAAACUUGGAAAAUUUACCCACUCCCGAACUCAGAUUAAAGGAGUCUCACAAAAUAUCAACUAUACAACAGUGGCGCUGCUGCCUAUCUUAACAUCCAUUUUUGAACAUGUUGCUCAGCAUAAUUUUGGUACUGAUUUGCUUUUAAAUGAUGUCCAAAUUUCAUGUUACAGAAUUCUUUGUAGUCUCUACUCUCUUGGGACUGGAAAGAACAUAUAUGUUGAAAGGCAAAGACCAGCUCUUGGUGAGUGCUUAGCUUCUCUUGCAGCAGCAAUUCCAGUAGCCUUCCUUGAACCUUCUCUCAAUCUUUACAAUCCCCUCUCUGUCUUCAACACAAAGUCAGCCAGAGAGAAAGCUAUUCUAGGCAUGCCUGAGACAGUAGAAGAAAUGUGUCCAGAAAUCCCUCAUUUGGAUGGCUUAAUGAAAGAAAUAAAUAGUUUGGCUGAAUCUGGAGCCAGGUAUACUGAAAUGCCACAUGUAAUUGAAGUGAUCUUGCCCAUGCUGUGCAACUAUCUGUCAUACUGGUGGGAAAAAGGACCUGAGAAUCAUUCAGAAAGUGAUGGAUCCUGCUGCACAAUGGUGACCUCUGAGCAUCUUAGUAUAAUACUGGGGAACAUUUUGAAAAUCAUCAACAAUAACUUGGGAAUAGAUGAAGCAACUUGGAUGAAGAGAAUUGCAGUGUAUGCUCAGCCAAUCAUAAGUAAAGCCAGACCAGAUCUGUUGAAAAGUCAUUUUAUUCCGACUCUGGAAAAGCUAAAGAAGAAAGCCAUUAAAAUAGUGAUUGAAGAAGAACAACUGAAAGCAGACAAUAAAACUGAUACCCAGGAAGCAGAACUUCUCAUUCUAGAUGAAUUUGCAGUUCUUUGUCGAGAUCUUUAUGCCUUUUAUCCUAUGUUGAUCCGCUAUGUAGACAACAACAGAUCAAACUGGCUUAAAAAACCAGAUGCUGAUUCUGACGAACUUUUCCGAAUGGUAGCAGAAGUUUUCAUCCUAUGGUGUAAAUCACAUAAUUUUAAGAGAGAAGAACAAAAUUUUGUGAUUCACAAUGAAAUUAACAAUUUGGCAUUUCUGACAGGUGACAAUAAGAGUAAGAUAUCAAAAGCCAUGCAAGUAAAGUCUGGAGGUCAUGAUCAAGAACGAAAAAAAGCAAAACACAGAGGAGACUUAUAUUCAAUACAGACUUCUCUGAUUGUAGCUGCACUUAAAAAAAUGCUCCCCAUUGGGCUGAAUAUGUGUACCCCUGGAGAUCAAGAGCUGAUUUCUCUUGCUAAGUCCAGAUAUAGCUGUAAAGACACUGAAGAAGAAGUUAAAGAACAUUUACGCAAUAACUUACAUUUGCAGGAAAAGUCAGAUGACCCAGCUGUGAAAUGGCAGUUGAAUCUCUACAAAGAUGUCUUGAAAACUGAUGAACCUGCUGACCCUGAGAAAACUGUCGAACGUGUGCAAAGGAUCUCAGCAGCUGUCUAUCAUCUGGAACAGGUUGAGCAACCAUUAAGAUCAAAGAAAGCAGUUUGGCACAAACUAUUGUCCAAACAACGUAAAAGAGCUGUUGUGGCUUGUUUCAGGAUGGCACCACUGUAUAAUCUGCCAAGGCACCGUUCUAUUAACCUGUUCCUUCAUGGUUAUCAGAAAUAUUGGAUAGAAUCAGAGGAAUAUUCCUUUGAGGAAAAACUAGUUCAGGAUUUGGCUACCCCACCCAAAAAAACUGAAGAGGAAGAAGAAGAGGCUGAAAAGCAUCCAGAUCCUUUACACCAGAUUAUUCUUCAUUUCAGUCGAAGUGCUCUCACUGAAAGAAGCAAACUGGAAAAUGAUCCCUUGUACACUGCAUAUUCAGCAAUGAUGGCAAAGAGCUGUCAGAGUGGACAAGAUGGUGAUGAACAGGAAGAGGAAGAAGAAAAGGAGAAGACAUUUGAGGAAAAAGAAAUGGAAAAGCAGAAAACCCUUUAUCAGCAAUCUCGACUCCAUGAACGUGGAGCUGCUGAAAUGGUAUUACAGAUGAUCAGUGCCAGCAAAGGUGAAAUGGGACCCAUGGUAGUUGAAACCUUGAAACUUGGCAUUGCUGUUCUAAAUGGAGGUAACUCCGUUGUUCAACAGAAAAUGUUGGAUUAUUUGAAAGAGAAAAAGGAUGCUGGUUUUUUUCAGUCUAUCUCUGGCUUAAUGCAAUCUUGCAGUGUUCUUGAUUUGAAUGCCUUCGAGAGACAAAAUAAAGCAGAAGGCCUUGGAAUGGUUACUGAAGAAGGAACACUCAUCAUACGUGAGCGUGGUGAGAAAGUACUACAGAAUGAUGAGUUUACUAAAGAUCUAUUUAGAUUUUUACAACUGCUGUGUGAAGGUCAUAACAAUGAUUUUCAGAAUUACCUGCGCACUCAAAUGGGCAAUACUACAACAGUGAAUAUUAUUAUUAGCACAGUAGAUUAUCUUUUGCGACUUCAGGAAUCAAUCAGUGACUUUUAUUGGUACUACUCUGGAAAAGAUAUAAUUGAUGAAUCUGGACAACAUAACUUCUCUAAGGCUUUGGCUGUGACCAAACAGAUUUUUAACUCACUAACUGAAUAUAUACAAGGACCUUGCAUUGGAAACCAGCAGAGUUUGGCUCAUAGUAGGCUCUGGGAUGCAGUUGUUGGCUUUCUGCACGUUUUUGCUAACAUGCAAAUGAAACUUUCGCAGGAUUCCAGCCAAAUUGAAUUGCUAAAGGAAUUACUGGAUCUUCUAAAGGAUAUGGUGGUGAUGCUGUUGUCACUACUUGAAGGUAACAUUGUAAAUGGCACAAUUGGAAAACAGAUGGUGGAUACGCUUGUUGAAUCAUCUAGCAAUGUAGAAAUGAUUUUGAAGUUCUUUGACAUGUUUCUCAAGCUGAAAGAUUUAACAAGCUCAGAAGCCUUCAAAGAGUAUGAUUCUGAAGGAAAAGGUAUAAUCUCAAAGAAGGAGUUUCAAAAAGCCAUGGAAGGUCAGAAGCAAUAUACACAAUCAGAAAUUGACUUCCUGCUAUCCUGUGCAGAAACUGAUGAAAAUGAUAUGUUUAACUAUGUUGAUUUUGUUGAAAGAUUUCAUGAACCAGCCAAAGAUAUUGGGUUUAAUGUGGCAGUGCUCUUAACAAAUCUCUCAGAACACAUGCCAAAUGAUUCACGCCUUCAAACUUUAUUACAUCCAGCAGAAAGUGUCCUUAAUUAUUUUGAACCCUAUUUGGGACGCAUUGAGAUAAUGGGUAGUGCAAAGAAGAUAGAACGAGUUUAUUUUGAGAUCAGUGAAUCCAGUAGGACACAGUGGGAAAAGCCCCAAGUGAAAGAAUCAAAAAGGCAAUUUAUUUUUGAUGUUGUAAAUGAAGGUGGAGAGCAAGAGAAAAUGGAGCUUUUUGUAAAUUUCUGCGAGGACACCAUUUUUGAAAUGCAGUUGGCAUCCCAGAUCUCUGAAACUGAUACAAUUGAGAGAAUUGAGAAGGAGGAAGAGAGUGAGGCUUGUUACCUGAGGGAGGUUGGAGAUGAUGAGAAAGAAGAGCAAUCCUUUGAAUCAGCUUCAGCAUUUGCUAUGGCAUGUGAUGCAGUGAAGAAAAAUGCUGCCGCAAUUCUCAAGAUAAUUAGACUGAAAAAUUUAAGGAAACAAUACAGAAAAGUGAGAAAAAUGACUUUUAAAGAACUGGUGAAAGUGUUCUUUUCUUUUCUUUGGAUGCUAUUUAUAGGAUUCUUCCAAAUGUUUCUUGCUAUAGUAUGGAGUAUUUUUCAGAUUCUUUGGAGUACUGUGUUUGGCGGCGGUCUAGUUGAAGGGGCCAAAAAUAUAAGAGUUACAAAAAUUCUAGGAGAUAUGCCUGAUCCAACACAGUUUGGAAUUCAUGAUGAUGUGCUCGAAGCAGAAAAAGUGGAAAUUUUAGAACAUGGCAUUACGGCUGAAAUUGUGCAACUUGUAAAAAAAGAAAAAGGAGAAAGUGACAUCUUAUCAGAUAUUUUUGACAUUUAUACAAAGAAAGAAAGUGGAUCAAAACAUGGUCAUGAUGUUGGCCUUGGGGAUAUUGCUGAUAUUAUUGGAUCAGAAACACCUCCUUCUUUGGAAAGUGCAGUUCGUAAGAAGAAGAAAUUUCAGAUACCUGAAGUUGCAAGAGAUGAUGAAUCAGAAACAAGAACAGAAUCUGAGAAGGCUGAUAUGGAGGAUGGUGAAAAGCAUGAUAAAAUAAAGGAUGAUGUAUAUUCUGAAUAUUUUGAUGUUGAAGAACCUAGGAAAAGAAAACGACACGGACAGAAGUUAGAGAAACCAGAUGCAGUUAUGGCUAAUUUUUUUAAAGUAUUGGAGAUCUAUCAGACAAAGGUCUUGCACUAUUUGGCUAGAAAUUUUUACAAUUUAAGAUUUCUCGCACUUUUUGUUGCCUUUGCUAUCAAUUUUAUUCUACUCUUUUACAAGGUGACAGAAGAACCAUUUGAAGAAAUGGAAGAAGACUCUGAUCUAUGGCAAUCUUUAGAUGAAGAUGAGGAUGAAGAAGGAAUAGUAUUCUUUGUCUUACAAGAGAGCACGGGCUAUAUGGCACCAACACUCAGGGCACUAGCUGUUAUUCAUACUAUCAUUUCUUUCCUCUGUGUAAUUGGAUACUAUUGUUUAAAGGUUCCCCUGGUUGUAUUCAAACGUGAAAAAGACAUUGCUAGGAAGCUAGAAUUUGAUGGUCUAUACAUCACUGAACAACCAUCUGAAGAUGAUAUUAAAGGACAGUGGGAUCGUUUAGUCAUAAACACGCCAUCUUUUCCUAAUAAUUAUUGGGACAAGUUUGUAAAACGAAAGGUAAUCAACAAAUAUGGUGAUUUAUAUGGAGCAGAGCGCAUUGCAGAACUCUUAGGUCUGGACAAAAGUGCUCUGGAUUUUAGUCCGGUGGAACAUACUGAACCAGAUGAAGCAUCUUUUGUUUCAUGGUUAAGUUCUAUCGAUGCAAAAUAUCAAAUCUGGAAGCUUGGUGUUGUUUUCACUGAUAAUUCUUUCUUGUACUUAGCUUGGUAUACAACCAUGUCUAUUCUUGGCCACUACAACAACUUCUUCUUUGCUGCUCAUUUGCUCGAUAUAGCUAUGGGAUUUAAGACUUUACGUACCAUUCUGUCAUCUGUAACUCACAAUGGCAAACAGCUCGUGUUAACUGUUGGACUCUUGGCUGUGGUGGUAUAUCUUUACACGGUUGUGGCAUUCAAUUUCUUCCGGAAAUUUUAUAACAAGAGUGAAGAUGAGGAUGAGCCAGACAUGAAGUGUGAUGAUAUGAUGACUUGUUACUUGUUCCAUAUGUAUGUCGGGGUACGAGCAGGUGGCGGCAUAGGAGAUGAAAUUGAAGACCCUGCAGGAGACCCUUAUGAAAUAUAUCGAAUUGUUUUUGAUAUCACAUUUUUCUUCUUUGUCAUCGUUAUCCUACUGGCCAUCAUUCAAGGUCUUAUUAUUGAUGCCUUUGGUGAACUGAGAGAUCAGCAAGAGCAGGUCAAAGAAGAUAUGGAGACCAAAUGUUUUAUUUGUGGAAUUGGUAAUGAUUAUUUUGAUACGACUCCACAUGGCUUUGAAAUGCAUACUUUACAAGAGCACAAUUUGGCCAACUACUUGUUCUUUUUGAUGUAUCUCAUUAAUAAGGAUGAAACUGAGCACACUGGGCAGGAGUCAUAUGUAUGGAAAAUGUACCAAGAAAGAUGUUGGGAUUUCUUCCCAGCUGGAGACUGCUUCCGUAAACAGUAUGAAGAUCAGCUUGGAUAAAAAUACCAACAAAGUUACUACAUUCAAUGUAAACAAAAAUAAAAUUCUUACAGAUUAGUGGCAUAAUAUACCUAUUGCUUAUGUUUGACCUCUAAGUAAAUAAACAAGUUUGUUCAGUUUUGAAUUGAUCUAGAUUAGCUUUUUGUACCUGGCAGAAACAGGCUCUGCAUUAUUUGGAUUUCAGUUUGUUUGUUUUUAAGUGAGGCAGAGCAAAAAGUAAUGUUUAAACAUUUCAGUUCAGUACGUUAAUUCAGGAAUCAUUACUUGUUUUUAAUCAGUCCUUUAGGAUAUAGGAAAUAAUGUAGUUGAAAGGGCUAUAUCAUAGUUUUGCAAUUGAAGACUUUGAAUGUCAGGUGACAAUGACUUAAUCAUGGACUCAUAUGGUGAACUCAAUAUUUCAAUCAGCCUUGUUUUUCCCUGUGCCAUUUCUUAGUGUAACAAUAUAGAUAGAACGUUUUUAACUAUUCAGUGCUUAAAAUUUUCAAAUACUUUAUUCUAAAAUCUAAUUAAGUGCCUUAACUCUUUCCAGAUUUAGCUAUGCAAAGUACUUUUUUUAAAAUGUUAGUCUUUUAGAUUGACAUUUUUGUUAUUUGACUGUGGUGCUUUCCAGUCUUACCGUAUGAGAUACUUGAAAUUUAGUCAUAUACUUGUUACAAAACUGCUUACUACAUGCAGCUGGUUAAAAAAAACUGUCUCACAACUGUGCAGAAUUAAACUAGUGAUUAGUUGUAAUGUUAAUGCAUUUUUCUUCAAAUAAAAAUACCUACUGCAAUAA